GUAGAGAGAGAGUGGAUAGAGAGAGAGAUAACCACGAUAGAGCUCAACUGUAGAGAGAGAAAGGAAGAGAUCUAGAGAGAGAGACGGUGGUGCGAGUUUUGCGAAGAUGGAUAAAGCCUUGAGCAACGAUUCCUCAUCGAUUUCAUCUUCGUCUUCCUCCACAGGAGCUAACAGAGAAAUGUUCCUCAAAAAUGUUCACCGGAAUUCGCACAAGAUUUCGAAGCCGAUUCGGAAGCCUCUCCUGCCGCCGGCGGCCGGAGCUUCAUCGGCGAUACCGAUUCCGGAGCCUAAUCCGAUGAAUUCGACUCAAUCUCAGCCACAAUCGCAGCAACCGCCGGUGUACAACAUCAACAAAAACGAUUUCCGCGAUGUCGUGCAGAAGCUCACUGGCUCGCCGGCUCACGAGCGCAAUCCGACGCCGCCGCCGCCGGCGGUUACUCACCCUAGACCGCCGAGCUCUCGCCUCCAGAGGAUCCGCCCGCCGCCGCUGGCUCAGAUUGGUAACCGACCUACGCAGCUGACGCAGCUCAUUCCUCGCCCCCAAAACGACGCCGGUCAACGAUUUUCAGCGCCGCCGCUGCCGCCGCCGCAGGUGCAACCGUUUCAGCCGCUUCCGCCGCUUCCGUCUGUGCACCCUGCGGCGGAGUCCCCGAUCUCCGCUUAUAUGCGGUUUCUGCAGAGCUCUGCCUCCUCCCCUGCUCCGCCGCCUAUGUGGAACGCAGUCGCGCCUGUCGCACCUCGUCCUGACUCUCUUAUUCCUCAGACCGAUUUCAGCCACCGUCCGCCAUAUCCGCCGCCGACUCAGCCUGAAUCUCCAAUUUCCGCUUAUAUGCGGUACAUCCAGAGCUCCGCCUUAUCUUCAUCAGCUGUUUCACCUCGGGGGAGCGGCGUACCACCGCUACCACCGCCGCCGACGCCGCUUCACCCCCAUCCUCCACCUGCCCCACCGCAGCAGCAGCAGCAGCAGCAACACCACCAACCGCCGCCUCCGUCCAAUACCUUACCGCCGUCCCCUUUUCCGGUGCUUCCGCUGUCUCCUCUGCCAUUUGGAUGCGCUCCGUCGCCUAAAUCCUCGUUUGGUUUGCUUUCACCGAGCUUCCUGUUUUCGCCGACUGGCCAGUUAGGGUUUCCGCAGCUGCCAUUGUCGCCGACUCUCCCUGUUCCAAGCCCUAGGUGGAAGGGCAUUUAAGGAAUUUCACUAUACAAAGAGUGAUGAAUUUCAAUAUGCAUAUGUACAUGGUUUGGGAAGAUUAUAGGGAAAUAUGAGCACAGUGUAAUGUAGUGGAACAACAGAUUUAGGCAAGAAUGGUUAAUCAGUGUUUGUUCUGUAUAUGAAUGAUGAACAAAGUGUAGGAAAUGCAAUGCAACUCUUUUCUUCCCUACUUUACCAAAUUAAACUCUUUUUUUUUAUCAAAUUUUGUGGGGCAAUUAGGCUUCAAAUUAUUGGGAUCUUGAUUCUUUAGUGUUCUUUUUUUAUCAUAUGUUAGCUCAAUUUGUGUUUUACACUAUCUGAAUAUUGUGUUGCUUUUUAGGGCUUGAUGAACACAAUCAAUUUUAGUUAUAUGGUGUUUUUAUUCUAUGUCUAUUGUAUUCCUGAUUCUAUAUUUUCCAUUAUUGGGAAGCUCACAAUGGGGUUUGUUUUUACAUAAUAAUUCUGUUUUAGAAUAGAAAAUUCUUUUGGGAUGGUGGGUUUUCUUGGUAUUGCCAAAACUAGAAGUUGGGGAUGGCUUGAGGAUGAACAAACACUAUUUAUGGCUAUUGUGGUAAUAAUGAUAGUUCAAGAAAGUGUGGAAAUAAUGUCUUUUACAUUUGAGCCUACAUAUGAUGAAUUGAUUUGAAUUGAAUUUAGGAGAUGUUUUCAAUUUUUUUUGUAAAUGACACUCCCCUUUACAAUGGAAAGUAGAAUUGAAAUUUGUCCUAAGUAAAUAUUUAAUGUAUAGAAGAGGAGUGUUAUUAGGCCUUGAGAUGGUGACGGCGAACUUUGAACAAAUUCUCACGGGUGAAAACACGUGUAAGUAUGAUUAUUAAAUUCGAACCAAUUUUGGUGCUACUUUUUAAUAGGAAGUUACUUACUAUGAUGUGAGAUUAGUGUAGCACGGCCGAACCAUGUGUAACAUGAUUGUUAAAAGUCCUUACACGCUUGUUAUGUUUAAGGAGUCGUGGAAGGCUGAAGAUGUAUAUAUUUGAUAGUUUUAAAUAAGGUAAUGGGUUGGGACUAAAUCCCGAAUGCUCGAUUCUUGUAAUUUCCUUUGUUCGCUCGUAGUUUACGUGUAUCUUUUAAAAUAGUAUAUGCCCUGUUGGGAUUACACUCCCUAUCACUUAGUUAUUAGAAUUUGGGAUUCAAGAAGUUGAGGUCCUAAUGAAUUAUAAUGUAAAAAUUAAAAUGAGAGAUAUUUUGAAAAUAAUAAGAAGUUAUAUGUUAUAUUUUGUGAGAUGAAAUAAGUAUUUGAUAUGAUCCUGGGACAAGUAUUUUACAAAAUUUUAUAGGUACAACAUUCUUAUUUAAUUUGUAUCAACCAUUUUAAUUAACUGUUUGCUGUUGAGGUAAAUUAUACUUAAAAAAAAAACUAUUGCAAGAUAUUUAUUUUUUAUAUGUUUGUUUUUAAAGUACAGGCAUGAUGUAUAUAAUUCAAUUUGCCCUUGCUUUGUUAUGAUCAAAUUAUACAGAUUUUUGAAGACUUACUUCCCUUUAAUUAAUUGCCUUAAGGAAGAUGCUUUGUAAUAAUGCAUACUAACCUCAAAUGAGAAAACUAAAGCCUGAAAUUAUUUUCAAUAUCAAAAUUUUAAUAAUAUAUAAUUAUUAUAUAUAGAAAAUAUCUUUUGCACUCAUACAACCAAACAAAU